AUGUCCGCUACUCAGGAUAACAUUGCUGCCAACGGCAACGACCUCGUCGGCUCCCUCGACCAGUUGAAGCUUGAUGAUGGCGAGACCCGUCUUGGCCCUGACGGAGAGCCCGCACCCCGCACCGACGAGGAGUACGCCGGCUCUCAGCUCACUUUGAGAGCCAUCGUUUCCUCCAAGGAGGCCGGUGUCAUUAUUGGAAAGGCUGGCAAGAAUGUCGCCGAGCUUCGCGACGAGACUGGCGUCAAGGCCGGUGUCAGCAAGGUCGUCCAGGGCGUUCACGAUCGUGUUCUCACCAUCACCGGUGGCUGCCAGGCCAUUUCUGAGGCCUAUGCGAUUGUCGCGCGCGCUCUCCUCGAGGGCGCUCCCGCCAUGGGCAUGGGAGGUGUUGUCUCCAACACUGGCACCCAUCCCAUCAAGCUCUUGAUUUCCCACAACCAGAUGGGUACCAUCAUCGGUCGCCAAGGUCUCAAGAUUAAGCACAUCCAGGAUGUGUCGGGCGUUCGCAUGGUUGCCCAGAAGGAGAUGCUACCCCAGUCCACUGAGCGCAUCGUUGAGGUCCAAGGCACACCCGAGGGCAUCAAGGGUGCGAUUUGGGAAAUCUGCAAGUGUCUCGUCGACGAUUGGCAGAGAGGCACUGGUACCGUCCUCUACAACCCGGUCGUUCGCACUCAGCCGGGCACAACCUCCACCGUCAGCGGCACUUCAAACAGCUACUCUUCCGGUGGCGGUCGCGCCUCAGAGUACUCUGCCCCCCGCGUCAUGCGCACUGGAAACGGUGCCGACUUCAGCACUACUACCAACAACGGCGGCAGUGGUGGUCGUCCUUACGGCCGUCGUUCCGAUUCUGAUGCUGCUUCCCGAGGCCCUCCCACCCACGACGAGAAUGGUGAGGAGCUCCAGACUCAGAACAUUAGCAUUCCUGCUGAUAUGGUCGGUUGCAUCAUUGGCCGCGCUGGAAGCAAGAUCUCCGAGAUCCGCAAAACCUCUGGUGCCCGCAUCUCUAUCGCAAAGGCUCCCCACGACGAGAGUGGCGAACGCAUGUUCACCAUCAUGGGUACCGCCAAGGCUAACGAGUCUGCCCUUUUCCUGCUCUACGAGAACCUUGAGGCGGAGAAGAUGCGCCGCCAGACGGCCAACUCUCCCGACACAUCAUCUCUGGGACGCGACAAAACGCUUUUCUCAAUUGCUUUGUUUUUCUUCGACUUUCGAAUAUCUGGGCCAAGGAUCCCCAGACACGCGCACAAGUAUGGUCGCCGGGAUGGGACCACGACAACUUUCACUUUCCGUCUUCAUGAACGCUUCGAGUUGCUUUUUGGGAGGAUGGUCCUCCGGUCUACGUUUGGGCAGGCAUCAGAGGUCCCUAGGUCUACGGACAGGGAUUGUAUUCAGCCUUUCCAAACCGAACAUACGGCACGACUUAUGAUUACCUCAUGCGGAUACCUCUUUGAAGCAGAGUUGCUUGCUUCAAAAACAUUAGUAAUGAAAAUCGGCCAGCAACUCUACACCCGACCCUGUUUACCCAUCCCCAACCCGCCACGAUUUCUCACUGGACCGAAGAUAUCCUCAGUGGCCUGUGUUUUCCAGCCGCUUUUUGGGCUAUGGAACUCUUUACUCUCUUGUCGGAAGGAUGGUCUACUGGAGAUGAUGGCGUUCACUCCUAUGAUGUCCAAUCACUGGAAAUGGCAAAGGCGAAGCGACCGAAUCCAUGGCGUUCUUGUCUCUAUCAUAUGGGGUACUCACAAACGUAGCUGGUCAUUUUCCAAAGACAUUCGCUCUACAAGUAAGCAUAGGCUGAGAAGGAUGGUUGGAAGCGGGGUCUUGGGGACAAAUGUUUGCAAUGCCGAUCCGGAGAGGAGACACUGGGCUGGGCUGAUUCCUGAUAAGGUUAGGGCGGCGGCAAGCAAGCAGUGGAGGGGAGGGACCCUGAAGAGGCUUGGGCGGAAUGGCUGCUCCUUUGACGUUUACUGUCUGCAUUCGCUUGUCUCCGUGUCCACAUCUCCAUCUCGGGUGUCUAUCUUGCUGCUGCUCAAGCUCGAGGUAUUAAGCUUCGCAGCCAGUCGUUGUCGCUCCCUUGCAGCGUUUCGUUUAUCCGGCCCCUUAGCUGCGCGCGCCCAUCGUCCACGCUCAACGGGUAUUGAGUCGCGCACCCAUACUCGAGCUUUCUUUUCCUGUCUUUCGACACCAGCUUUUUGCAACACGACACAGCAAUCGAUUCCCAGGAGAAAGAAACACAGCGACGCAAUGGCGCGCUCGAAGCAGGCCACCCCUAUCCGUCGACAGACAUCGUCCGAAUACUUUAGCAAAGCGGACACCCUCAAGCGAACGCCCAGCAACGGCAAUGGCGCCGCGACUUCUGUGACUACGAAGGAGGCCAACGGCAAGGUUGUCGCCACACCUGCGUCGGCGGUUGUUGAGGCAAAGGAGGCCGGCGCCCUCCAAAUCCUGAUUGCUGUAGGCGGUAUCUACGCCUCAUUUCUGACAUGGGCCUACCUCCAAGAGAAGCUCACGACGACGCCCUACGGCCCAACGUCCAAACCCGAAGUCUUCAAGUACCCCGUCUUCCUCAACACGAUCCAGUCUCUCUUCGCCGCGACGACGGGCCUUCUCUACCUGUGGUUCUCCUCCCGCAACGCCGCCUCCCUCCCGCCCGUCUUCCCCUCGCGCGGCAUCGUCAUGCCCCUCGCUCUCGUCGCCGUCACCUCCUCCCUCGCCUCGCCCUUUGGCUACGCCUCCCUGGCGCACAUUGACUACAUCACCUUUUUGCUCGCAAAGUCCUGCAAGCUAGUGCCCGUCAUGCUCCUCCACACGACUCUCUUUGGCAAGCGCUACCCGCUGUACAAGUACCUGGUCGUCGCGGGCGUCACGGCGGGCGUCGCCGUCUUUACCUUGCACUCGGGCAGCAAGAAGAAGAAGUCCGUCGUCAACCCGGACGCCAACAUGCCCUGGGGCAUGCUGCUUCUCAGCAUCAACCUGCUGUUUGACGGCCUCACCAACAGCACCCAGGACUACAUCUUUAGCACCUUCAAGGGAUACACCGGCCCGCAGAUGAUGUGCGCCAACAACCUCAUGAGCACGGCCGUCACGCUGGGCUACCUCGUGCUCAGCCCCUGGCUCGUCCACACCGGUCUCGGCGAGUAUCUCGGCAUGGACGUCGCCGGCAGCGCGGGCGAGCUGACGGCGGCGCUGGGUUUCAUGGCGCGGUACCCCGCCGUGUGGUGGGAUGUCCUCGGCUUCGCGGCGUGCGGCGCCGUCGGCCAGGUCUUUAUCUUCUACACCCUCUCCACCUUCUCCUCGGUCCUCCUCGUCACCGUCACAGUCACCCGCAAGAUGGUCACCAUGGCCCUCUCCGUCUUCGCCUUCGGCCACAGCCUCACGAGCAUGCAGUGGGCCGGCGUCUCCCUCGUCUUUGGCGCCAUUGGCGCCGAGGCGCAGAUUGCUACCAAGGAGAAGAGGGCCAAGGAGGCUGCGAAGCGCGCGGCGGCUGCUGGGAAGACGCAGUAA